UGGCUCGGCGUACAAAGGAAAGUGGACAUCUUCACUCGUAACAAACGUAGAUAAGAGCCGCGCGCUGGCAGGUGUUGAACUUUCAGACGGUCCCUGGGAAGGUGGGAGUUUCUUGUGUUUCUUGGCUGUGGAAGACAAAACCCAACGGCGGCUUCUCUUUCCAUUCAAUGACGCCAGCCCAUCUGCGAGUGUUUUGAGGUAUGGUCCAGUGCUGAUGGCUGACUCUGCACUGUUCCUGACAAGUGCGCCCCCUGUGGAAGGGAGGCCAGCGGCGCUGAAUGUCCUGGGCCUCUUGGACUCCGCCGGGGAUGAGAACAGCACAGCUGAGAGAUGCUACCGCUCACACUCUCGCAGCAGCGUCCUCCAGGGUCUCCCCUUUGGCGGGAUACCCACCGUCUUGGCCAUCAAUGUGGUCAUGUGGAUGUUCCUGUUGCUUAUCUUCUCCUGUCUGAGGAAGGCUGCUUGGGAUUAUGGCCGCCUCGCACUGCUGAUGGACAACGACAGCCUCACGUCUCUGUUCUAUGGAGAACCAAGUGAGAAGGAAAAGUCGCCGUCAGAGUCGAGCCCCUCUGACUCAGAGACCAAGGACAUGGGUUUUUGUUCAUGGCUCACAACUCUUUACCAUAUGAAGGACGAGGAGAUCCGAAGCAAGUGUGGCAUUGAUGCCGUCACGUAUUUGUCCUUCCAACGCCACAUCAUCUUGCUCAUGACAGUGGUUUGCCUGCUGUCUUUGGCCGUGAUCUUGCCGAUCAACUUUUCCGGGAACCUCUUGGGAGACAGUCCUGAGAACUUCGGAAGAACAACACUGGCUAAUGUUAGCGCAAAGGACAGCUUCCUGUGGCUGCACGCCAUAUUUGCUUUAGUGUACUUCCUCAUCACGUUCCUAUGUAUGGCUCACCACGCCGUACGGCUGCAGUACAGAGAAGAUGAGAAGGUUGCUCGAACACUGAUGAUCACAUCAAUACCCAGAGAAAUUUCAGACCCAGGACUGAUUACCAAACACUUACAUGAGGCUUACCCCAGCUGCACUGUCACCGACAUCCGCUUCUGCUUCGACAUCAAUAAGUUAAUGAAGCUUGACUUGGAGAGGCGUAAGGCGAUGAAAGGCAGGCUGUACUUUGCCUCAAAAUCCCAAAAGGAGGGAAAGAUCAUGAUGAAGACACACCCGUGUGCUCAGCUCUUCUGCUGCGACAUUUGUGGCUUUGAAAAGGUGGAUGCGGAGCAAUACUACAGCGAGUUGGAAGAGAAAUGGACGGAUGAGUUCAAUGCUGAGAAGAACCGCAUCUACAUGAAGAGGCUGGGCAUCGCUUUUGUGACAUUUCGGGAUGAGAGAAUGACUGCUGUAAUCGUAAAGGACUACAGCUGCGUGCGCUGUCGCCGUCGACCUCAGCAGUCCAGCAUCACCACGGUGGUCCAGUCCCACCAGUGGGGCGUCCGCUACGCUCCUGCUUCCAGCGAUAUCAUCUGGGAAAACCUGUCAGUCUACGGAUCUCACUGGUGGCUCCGCUGCGUCCUCCUCAACAUCCUCCUCUUUCUGCUGCUCUUCUUCCUCACCACUCCCGCCAUCAUCGUCAACACCAUGGACAAGUUCAACGUCACCAGGCCUGUGGAGAGCCUGCAGAGUCCUAUCAUCACACAAUUCUUCCCAACCCUCCUGCUGUGGGUGUUUUCAGCCCUGCUGCCCUUUAUCGUCUACUACUCAGCCAUCUUUGAAUCCCACUGGACCAGAUCUGGCGAGAACCAGGUCACAAUGCACAAGUGCUUUUUACUGCUGGUUUUUAUGGUCCUCAUCCUGCCUUCGCUCGGUCUGUCCAGUCUGGACCUGUUCUUCACUUGGCUUUUUGACGUUAACUUCCUGGAUGAAAAGGAUGUUAAAUUCCAGUGUGUUUUUCUCCCCGACAAUGGGGCGUUCUUUGUAAACUACGUGAUCACUUCCGGGCUGAUCGGCACCGCCAUGGAGCUGCUUCGUAUCCCGGCGCUGACGGUGUACGGCCUUCGCCUCUGCUUUGCAAAAUCUCAGGCUGAGCGUAUUCAUGUCAAAAGGAGUCAGACUUAUGAGUUCCAGUUUGGGCUGGAGUACGCCUGGACCAUGUGCAUCUUUGCUGUCAGUGUGACCUACAGCAUCACUUGUCCUAUUAUUACACCAUUUGGUCUGCUGUAUGUGAUCCUGAAGCACAUGGUUGACCGCUACAACAUCUACUAUGCAUAUGUUCCCACCAAGCUCAACCAGCGCAUCCAUAGAGCCGCCAUCCAUCAGGUCAUCUUGGCUCCCAUCCUCUGUAGCUUCUGGCUGCUCUUCUUCUCCGUUCUCAGACUAGGUGUAGGUCAUCCCAUAACCCUGUUUACUUUGGUGUCCCUGCUCUCUUCUAUUGCUGUGUCCUUUUUCCGUUUGUGCCUUAAAAAGCAGCCAGACAAAUCAACAAGCUACCAGAUGUCUAACCAACCCACAGAGCAGACAUUCAAUGAUGCGGACAGGAGUACAGUUCCUUCAACCACCGCUUCCAGUCUGUUUGUGGCAUCCGUCCUGCUGGAGCCGGAGCUUGCGUUGACCCCCAUGCCCUCCCCGGCCCACCACAGCUAUGGCGCCAUGGCCAGCUCCCAAAGUUCAGCCCACGGCCCAGCAGCAGAAGAAGAAGAGGAGGAGGGAGAGGAAGAGCACACCCAGACCCGUGAGACUGAGCUUCAAGACCCCGCUGACACCUCCCGCUCCAGCCCACUCAUGGACUGUCCCGUGGGCUACCAACUCCAGCUUAGCUGCCUCCGGAGAGUGGAGAUUAUUCAAAUGAUAGGAGCUGAAGAGGACGUGAUGAAAACACUGGAUCGAAGUGAUCAGUUCCAGAAUAUUUCACAUACGAGCAAACCACACGCCAGUCGCUGUAGAUUCCAUCCUCCUUCAUGACUCUUUUUACCGUCGAGUGGCACCAAGCAAAGGCAGGCAAACUAUACGAGUCGUGCCCCUCGGACGUGAUUGGAGGUGAAAGAUCCCACCAGAGUGGGUGGUGUGAGCAGGCUCACCCUGCCAGACUGACAGAGCGCUCCGGACUCGGGUGAAAUCUGAUUGAUGGUGGCCGGAGCGUGGCGAGGCUGGUGGGGGUGGGGGAAGGGGGGUGGAGAGCGACUUGCGAAGCCAUCUGCAGUGAGAGAGCUGACAGACGGCAGUUGCAAUGUAACGCAGAGAUGUACUGUAAAAUAUGUACACCCUCCAUCCUUCCCCGAGUACAAGCAGCGCUACUCUAUCUGAAGCUUGUCGUACUAACUUCGCCAUUUAUUUUUGCUAAUGUAUUUGUUCUUUGUAUUACGCUUUGGCCUGGGUUGUUGAUUUGAUUAUUUCUUUUUCUCUUUGUACUGUGUAGUUGAGUGUUUCCCAAACGUUCUUAAGCCAAGCCGCAUGUUUUACAGUACGUUAAAUCUCUCGGCACACCAGGAAACAAAAAUGACACCAAAUGUUGUUUUUGUAUCUUCUACUGUCCAGUGGAACCUCCAUUCAUUAUAUGUCACUGGCAUAGAUAGAUAAAGAGUUUUUUCAGAGUAUAUAAUUUUUGGACCAAUUCAUUGAGUGGAUAAUUUUCCACAGCACAUAAGAUGAUCCAUUACUAGUGUGCCGUGGCUCAGUGUCUGGGAACCCCCAGUGUACUUAACUGAAUUCUUCUUUUCUUUUGUGUAUGCUACAGAAGCACAUCAUAUCAUUUUCGUGUACAUAUUCCGGUACUUGUGCGAAAUGCUGAACCAGCCACGACCCUGUGUCACAACCAAAGCCAUCAUUGCGGGCAGAUAAGAUCAUGGAAUUCUGUUCAUAUUUUGUGUACUCCAGACAGUACUUUAGAUCUCGACAAUGGCCAAAAUUAAUUUUCUAUGGCACUUACUCUCAUUAUGAUCAUGGUUGAGUUGGAGGAGAGUUUGAGUAGAAAGCAGGGUACGUCUUGGACCGGUCACCCGCAUUCAUACCUAUUGAUAAUUUAGAAUUUGAUCAACCUGGUUUUGGAAUGUGGGAGAAAGGCGGAGUACCCAGGGAAAGCCCACUCACAGACCGAGAAAAAAGACAAACUGAAAACUGGAAGGCCGGAGCGGGGAUUUGAAACCCAAACCUCAGAACUGUGAGGCCAACAUGCUCAUCACUCAUACACUGUGUUGCCAUCCAAAAACAGUCUCAUUCAAUUUUGGCAAAAAUUCUUCUAAAAGACCUAAACCUUCGGUGACAAUAUGAGACGUUAGUAAUGCUCAUAUGUAGCCACCAAGCAUCAUGAUGUAAGAUAAUAGUGGAAAUCUAGGAAAUUUACUAAAGGCCAUCCCACUGAACAAGGCUGGUCCUCGGAAAUGACUUGCACUAUUUUUUUCCAGAAGUGCGUCCGGCCCACUUCGGUGUGACCUUGCAAAUAUUCAGGGUCAUACAUCAGAUGAUUAAAAUCUCAACAUUGUAUGUUUUUCUGAAUUGUGUAGUUUUUACUAUUAGCAUGAAUUGCAAAGCAGCCCUCAUGUUCUCAGCUUCCAGCCACACCCAAAACCUAAAAAAAAGACAAAUGUACUUUUUGACGAGGAUCCGAUGCAGUUGGGAAAACUUUCAAAGGGUCGUCGAGGCUUGAUGAAACUAACCAACUGCAGAAAGUACAGCAAACAAUAAUGUAACUGCUUUCAUCCACUUUGGAACCAGAAAGCAUAAGAAAAUUGUCCGGUAGAGGUCCAUAGUGUUAAUCUACAAUCGUUCUUUUUUUUUUUUUUUUUUUUUUUUUUUUAAACAUAUAUUUGCUGUUGAAAUACCAAAACAAUGUCAACUGUGAUAUCCUAAUGGCGGUUCACUCAUUUGUAUUUGGUGGUCAGAUUUUUGUGCGAUGUGUGUAACAUGCAGUUACAAGAUUGAAACUAUCUGAUGACUCCUUGAUGAUUGUUGUUAUUCAAAACGCCCGUAUUCUGUUCAUUUACAAUCCAUCUGAAUAUGUGCAUUUUCACAUUUGUAUGUUUUUUUCAUUUUCCACUCGGUGGGAAUUUUGGAGGGAAUGUAAUCUGACUGUAAGAUGUCCGGCCACCUCCACCCCGCAAUCGUCUCUUAUUGCUGUGCCUUGAAGAACCACUCCCUUCCGUGUGACAAUCCAGCAUGGCCUGAAAUAUGCUGCACGAAAUAAAGACUAAAGAGCAGGCAAACCCAACAGUAAAGGACGACAACAACAUCAAACGCUAUUGAGGGAGAAAAAAAGAGAAAAAAGAGUGCAAAGCUUUUUAGUUAGUGGCUUUCUGGUUCUUUUCGGCAGCACACACCAGUCAUUGUGAGCUAAUUCAGGCAAUAUCAAGUUAUCAACACAGAUUGCACCUCAUUUGUCCUUCACCAUUUAAACACAGCAUGUGAAGAGAGAGUCCGACAUUGGAGGCCCGGCAAUGCUGGGUUUGACUGGUCCCACUUUUGGCCUUAGCAUGGACGUGAAAGUCUUAAAGCUUUUGGACUCCGUACAUACUUUUGACAAAUGAAAUGUAGGACGGCAUCAUUCAAAAAAUCCUUUCUUUCGUCUGUCAACGGUCUUAAGUGCUGUAAUCUGAAAUAAAAAUUCAUUCAGAUCACUCUA